AUGCCCCACGCAGUCUCAAUGCCUUCCACUGGGCUCCAAGCCCUUAUUCUUUGCGGCCCUGGGUCGUCAUUCCCGACUUUCACCUCCAACCCCGAUGAGAGUCCAAAGGCUCUUUUACCUAUCGCCAACCGACCUAUGGUCUGGUAUGCGCUCGACUUCUGCUACCGAACCGGUAUCACAGAUAUAAACCUCAUCUGCCCUCCCACAGCGACUGAUGCUAUCAAAACCGCUCUGAACACUAACCCUCACCUCACCGCGCUGCCUUUGCCGCGCCCCGACAUCCUUUCACCAGCAGAUCUUGAUCAGAACACGGGCACUGCCGAGAUCUUGCGACUACCAGAAAUUAGGUCAAUCAUCACAGGCGACUUCGUCAUUCUUCCUUGCGACUUGGUCUGUGAGCUUGGCGGAGACAAGCUUCUUCAGUCAUGGAUGGUCAAAUCAGCUAGCCUGACAGACAUGUUGGGAACCGCCAGACUAUCCAACGGCCAUCGUUCAGUUCACAGUGGAGGACUCAGUGUUUGGUACAACACAAAAGCAAUUGCGCCCGUCAAGAAGGAGGAGACCGACUUCAUUGCAACAACUCCCUUGCCCUCAUCUCCUAUCACACCACCCAAGGGAUCUCUCUUCUCAAACUUGUCCAAGCUUGUGUACUCUAUGCCAACCGACUCUUUGAAAGAUUUGACAGAAGACAAGAACUCUCUUCCAGUCCGUCACGGCUUGCUGCGUGCGCAUUCCCGUGUGCGGAUGUUCACCACACACCGAGAUGCUCACAUCUACAUCUUCCCCCGAUGGGUUCUUGAUUUCAUCAUGGAUAACGAUCGAUUUGAAAGUAUCGGUGAAGAUGUUAUAGGCUGGUGGGCAAAGGCCGGCUGGCAGUCUGGUCUUGCAGAGAAACUCAAUUUGGAGAAGACUUGUGCUCAAGGUCGAGUUGAGGAAACUCCUGAGAACGAGGAAGGAGAUUCGUCAUCUCCCAGAGACCACAGCCCAAACAACAUGCCCAGCUUAGGUAACCCCGUCUUUGCGGAUGAUAGCCCCAUUUCUACGACACCAAGCAUAGCAAUUGACGACAGGUCCUCAUCUAAGAAGACGGCCAAGUCUUUCGAGGUCCCACCGAUCGUCGCCUAUGUCCACCCUGGCGAUGUCUCUGCUCCCCUCAUUCGCCGAGUCGACACUGCGCAAUUACUGCUAGCUAUCUCACUUCAGCUGGCUAAGCUACCGUCACUUGAGGAGACUGGCGGAGAGUCCGUGUCACCCUAUGUCCAUGCGAAAAAGAUUGCCUAUCCCGAAGGUGUCAAACCCCGUACCACCAUUACCCAAAAGGACAGUCUCAUUGCUGAGAACGUGACCGUUGAAGAAAAGACAUCCAUCAAAGAGACUGUGAUCGGCGCGGGGUCACAGAUCAACGAGGGAGCUAAGCUAUCGCAGUGCCUGCUGAUGGAGGGUGUAGUUGUGGGCAGAGCCUGCAAGUUAACCCGUUGCAUCAUUGGAAAACGAGCUGUGAUUGGAGACGGAUCAGUUUUGACUGAUUGCGAGGUCCAAGAGAACCUCCUCGUUGAAGCUCGAACUGAGGACAAGGACAACAGGCUCAUGAGCUCUGAAGGUUUGGAGGCUACACAAGCUGAAAUGGAUGAGGUGCUUCAAGAUAUGGAGGCAGAGGCUGAACUUGCAGUGAUCGACUGA